UGUCGCUUUAAGUUCGGUCCUAGAGAUGCAGUUUAUCCUGCUAGGGUGACCAGACAUGCCGAAAAAUCCGGGACAGUCCCGAAAUCUAAGCUGUUGUCCCGAAUCCCCAAACUGGCCUUAAUUGUCCCGAAAAAUACUAAAGCGAAAUCUUGAUAUAAAAAACUGUGCGUGGAAGUUGAGUCGUCCUGCAGUCGGCCUCCUCAAGUUCCAGCAGCCGUGCGACGACAGUAAAUGACCUUUGAAUGUACAGUGAAUGUCCUUUAAUGUCUGAUGUCGGGUUACACUUAAAUCAUCUACCCGUACCCAAUUAUUUAUUAUUUAUAAUUCUUUUCCUAAUUAAUGAACAAAAAAUUAGUUGUAAUAAUAAUUUUGGUAUAAGGCUCAUUAGGCUAUAGCCUGAAAGGUCUGAUUAGCAACACAUUAAUACCCCCCAAAAAAGGAAUCAGAGCCAGAGCUGUAGAUACUCCACAAACUUAAUGAUUGAACUUUGAAAAUGUUUCCUAUGUUUCUGUAAUAGCCUACAUUUCUGAUCCUCGUGUCUGAGGGAAACUUUAAACUGUAAUCUCCCGUCGCUCCGCCUUCAGCAGAAUCACUUCAGUCUUCGGCUCGGAUUGUGUUUGAGAAACUCUCGCAUUUUCACAUCAAAGAUGUUCCUUGUUUCUGUGCUGUUGUGCGGACUGGUCCUCUGUCCUCUGUGUCUGAGGCUGCUUUUCCCCUAUUUCUGGGCAGACUUUGUUUACCACACAGAACUGGUGCGGAUUUUACUCAAAUUCGUGUCUCGCAGAAGAAGGCGACCUUUGUUUUUCGCUUUGGACAGAUUUUUAGAACAGGUCGAAACGCGGCCGAACAAGCCGUUCAUUGUAUUCGAGAAGGAAAUCUACUCGUUUAAAGACGCAGACAGAGAGAGCAACCGAAUAGCGAACGCGUUGCGCGGCGCGUCGGGUCUGAAGCCCGGAGACACCGCGGUUCUGUUCAUGAUAAACGAGCCCGCCUUCAUCUUCUGCUGGCUCGCGCUGGCCAAGCUCGGCUGCGCAUGCGCACUCCUCAACACCAGCAUCCGCGCACGGAGUCUGGUCGCGAGCUUCAGAUGCUGUCGCGGGGCCGCCGUCCUGAUCGCGUCGGAGGCUCUGCAGCAAGCCGUAGAGGAGGUGAGAGAUGAUCUGGAGGACGUGACCGUCUUCUUCAUGUCUUCAUCAGAGCUCAGAUCAUCAGGCAUGAAGAGUUUGAGAAGACUAGCUCAGGAAUCGUCCGACUCAGCCGUUCCUCCAGCGCUCAGAGCAAACGUGUGCUUCAGUUCUCCGGCCGUGUACAUAUACACAUCUGGAACCACAGGUCUUCCUAAAGCAGCUGUGAUCACUCAGACGCGUCUGCUGGCUGCUCUCGCUGUGCUGGCGGCGAACGGCGUAACACACACCGACGUGAUCUACGUGACUCUUCCUCUGUAUCACACCGCGGGCUUCCUCGUGGGCUUCAUGGGCUCCGUCGAGACAGGUUCAACUAUAAUAUUACGGCGUAAGUUUUCCGCUUCUCAGUUCUGGGACGAGUGUCGGACUCACGGCGUGACGGUGAUUCAGUAUAUCGGAGAAGUUCUGCGUUAUCUCUGCAACACACCGAAGCGCGAGGGCGAGCGAGAGCAUGCGGUGCGUCUGGCGAUCGGGAACGGGCUCCGGCCGGACGUGUGGAAGGAGUUCCUCCAGAGAUUCGGUCCCAUCGACAUCAGAGAGUUCUACGCCUCCACUGAGGGAAACCUGGGCUUCGUCAACUACACUGGGAAACUGGGAGCAGUGGGACGGGUCAGCUGGUUGCACAGGAAACUGUUCCCGUACGCCCUGAUCCAGUACGACACCGAGCGAGACGAGCCGGUCAGAGACUCCAGAGGCCUGUGUGUGGAGGUGCCUAGAGGGCAGACGGGGCUGCUGGUGUGUGAGAUCACCGGACUCGCUCCGUUCGUGGGUUACGCGCAGAACCAGCAGGAGACGGAGAAGAAGAGGCUGCGUCACGUUCGGAAGAGCGGAGACGUCUACUUCAACAGCGGCGACUUGCUGAAGAUCGACCACGACAACUUCAUCUACUUCCAGGACCGAGUGGGAGACACGUUCAGGUGGAAGGGAGAGAACGUGGCCACCACUGAAGUCUCGGACAUCAUCGGCACGCUCCCGUUCAUCCAGGAGGGAAACGUCUACGGAGUUCGUGUUCCAGGUCACGAGGGCCGGAUCGGGAUGGCAGCACUCACACUGAUGGAGGGAAUGGAGUUUGAUCGUGACGCGAUGUUCACCCACGUGUGUCGGUUCCUGCCCGCUUACGCCCGACCUCGCUUCAUACGCAUUCAGAACUCGAUGGACGUGACCGGCACCUUCAAGCAGCGGAAGCUCGGGCUGGUGGAGUCCGGCUUCGGUCCCAGCACCGCCUCGGACCCGAUGUUCUUCAUGAGUGACAGCGAGAGGACGUACGUCACGCUGACCCCAGACAUCUACCAGCAGAUCAUAUCCCACCGCAUCAAACUCUGAUCCAUAACUGAUCAUAUCUGACCUCAUCAAUCUCUGAUCCAUAACUGAUCAUAUCUGACCUCAUCAAACUCUGAUCCAUAACUGAUCAUAUCUGACCUCAUCAAUCUCUGAUCCAUAACUGAGAUUGUUUGGGUCAACAUUCUAACCUCUCCCAGCAAACAAUAUCUACACGGAUACGGUCCUCUUCUGUUCUGUUCUCUAACUCUACAGUACAAUACUAUACUCUACACUACUGUACUCUACUGUACUCUACUAUACUCUACACUACUCUACUGUACUCUACGCUACCUCUACUCUACCUAUAGUGUACUCCACUGUACUCUACCUCAACAAUACUCUACUGUUACAUGUCAACACGUAUGGAAUUACGAUACUCCAUAAUGAAAGCAAAGUCAUUUCAUUUCAUGUGUGUGGUCAGAUCAAACUGAUGCUGUGUUUAAACUGGGAUAGUCCUGACGAACUGAAGAGAUUACACACUUCUGAAUGAUGAGCUGCUCCUCAAAUCACUGUCAGAGUUAUUUCAGUUACUGCCAUUCGUUUAUUAAUGUCUUGAUCAGUAUUUUGUUCUUGUAUUUGCGUUACUGAUGUUACGAAGCUUGUCAAAAAACUUGAUUACAUGCAGUCUAUGAAAUCCAUGUAAUAAAUAUUAUACUUAAUGUAA